AUGGUCCUAUUUCAUGCUAAUGCCCACAUUUUUCAAAAUGAUUUUAAUUCAGUGACUAGUGUAGUCUUUAACAAAUAUCCUAAUCCCUAUGCAAAUCAUGUAUUGUCUGUCGAUACGAUAGAUAGAAAAGUUGAUGAAAAUGGAAAUCUUCUAACUACGAGACUCAUCCGGAAAAAAGGUAAAUUACCUAAAUGGAUAGAAUAUAUUGUAGGAUCAAGAAUUACUGAAUCCUGGAUGAUUGAAUUUACUAUGGUUGAUCCAAAAAAGAAGAUUAUGAAAAGUUUUAACAGAAAUAUUGAUCACGUAAGAUUGUUGCAAGUGGAAGAAUAUACUACAUAUCAAUACGACGAAAUCCCAAAACAUACAGUGGUGAACAGUAAGGUUAAAUUUACUAGUGGUUUCCAUGUAGGGAUCAGAAGUAAAAUCGAAAAGAUGUCCCUGAGUAGAUUUGAAAGUGGUGUUGAGAAGAGUAGGUUAGGAAUGGCUUUAGUGAUGAAAAGAGUAGAAGAGCAAAGAAAGAGAACAUCAUUACAGGAUAUUAUAUGA